AAAAAAACAGUUGAGCAUCUUUGUAGUCGUUAAAAUCACAUUUUCGUGAGGUUUCACGUUGAUCCUCAGUCUCAGUUUUUGUAUAAUUUGUAUAUGGUUUUCGUCUCUACAAUAGUCAAGGGCGAUUUUAUCAUUUUUUUUAUGUUUUCAUGCAUAUUUGGUUCUGAUUCAAUUGUAAUUGCGUCUAGAAAAUCAUUUAAUUUGUUCAUUUGUUCAUCAAUGUUUGUCAUAGAAGUUAGUAGGGUGCUACGAUUUCUAACGGACUAGAUCUUUCUGAUUUAUAGUUCCUCAGAUGUUUUUUCUUAUCUUUAAUUAUAAUACAUAUGUUAUUAUCUAAUUUGAUUAUGAUUUCUUGAAGUUUGACUAUUAUUUAUUCAAGAUCUUAAAUUGAUAAUAUUUUUACUAGCUAUUCAAUUAAUUUUAUGCUUAGAAGUAUUCUAUUUGAAUUAAUAUUGUUAUGGAUUUUACUAGAAGUUUUGGAUACCAAAAGAUAAUUAAAAGUACGCCCCUUUUGACAACUUAAGUGGUACUCGAGAACCUAGUCUCCAGCGAUGAUGAAGUCAAUUAAUCAUCGAGUUGACCAAAAAAUUUCCGGGGGCAUUUUAGUAAUUUUUUGGACACUUUUUCGGAAGGACAUUUUCUUUGGAUUUUGAAUGCUACGAAUCAAGGAUUCGGUGUGAGGCUAUCUUUUACCGAUGAUUAAGUCUAUUAAGCACCAAUUUGGGUGUAUUUGUUCUGUGUCAAUUUUUGGCAGAUUCCAAAGUGGUACCAUCAUAGAUUUUGCGCAAUUUUUUGGAAUGGCCGUUUUCGUUGGAUUUUGGAGGCUGGAGAUCGCGGAUUCGGCCUGAGGCUUCCAGUGAUGAUGAAGUCAAUUAAUCACUGAUUUUGGCGAAAUAUUUCGUGGAGCAUUUUCGUAAUUUUCCGCACGCUUUUUCGGGAAGCCAAUUUUUCUUGGAUUUUGAAGGCUACGGAUCAACAAUUCGACGUGAUGCUAUCCUUCACCGAUGAUUAAGUCCAUUAAGCACCAAUUUGUGCAUAUUUGUUUGGGUCAAUUUUUUGCAGAUUCCAAAGGGGUAUCACCACUGAUUUCGUGCGAUUUUUUGGAAUAGCCGUUUUUGUUGGAUUAUGGAGGCUACAGUUCGCGGAUUCGGUCUGAGGCGACCUGGGGCUAGUCUCCAGCGAUGAUGAAGUCAAUUAAUUGCUAUUUGGGCGAAAUUUUCUCGGUGGGCAUUUUCGUAACUUUCCAGGCGCUUUUUCGGAAGGCCAUUUUCCUUGGAUUUUGCCGGCUACGGAUCAAGGAUUCGGUUUGAGGCUAUCCUUCACCGAUGAUUAAGUCCAUCAAGCACCAAUUAGAGCGUAUUUGUUCCGGGUCAAUUUUAGGCAAAUUCCAAAGGGGUACGUACCAUCACAGAUUUCAGGCGAUUUUUUGGAAUGGUCGUUUUUGUUGGAUUUUGGAGGCUACAGAUCGCGGAUUCGGCCUGAGGCGACCUGGGGCUAGUAUCCAGCGAUGAUGAUGUCAAUUAAUCCCCGAUUUUGACAAAAUUUCCCAUUGGGCAUUUUCGUAAUUUUCCUCGCGCUUUUUUCAGAAUGCCAUUUUCCUUGAAUUUUGAAGGCUACGGAUCAAGGAUUUGGCGUGAGACUAUCCUUCACCGAUGAUUAAGUCUAUUAAGCAACAAUUUGGGCGGAUUUGUUCCGGAUCCAUUUUUGGCAUAUUCCAAAGGGGGAUUUUUUAGAAUGACAAUUUUCGUUGGAUUUUGGAGGCUACAGAUCGCGGAUUCGGCCUGAGGUGACCUGGGGCUAGUCUCCAGCAAUGAUGAAGUCAAUCAAUUGCCGAUUUGGACAGAAUUCCCCGUAGGCAUUUUCAUAUUUUCCCGACGCUUUUUUUCGGUAGGUCAUUUUCCUUGGUUUUUACAGGCUACAGAUCAAGGAUUCGGUGUGAGGGUAUCCUUCACCGAUGAUUAAGUUUAUUAAGCAACAAUUUCGGCGAAUUUGUUCCGGCUCAAUUUUUGGCAGAUUCCAAAAGGGUACCAUCUCAUAUUUCAGUCGAUUUUUAGGAAAGGCCGUUUUCGUUGGAUUUUUUGGGCUACAGAUUGCCGAUUCUGCCUCAGGGUAGUCUCCACCGAUGAUGAAGUCAAUUCCUCGCCGAUUUGGGCGAAAUUUUCCUGGGGGUAUUUUCUUAAUUGUAUGCGCGUUUUUUGCGAAAUGCCAGUUUCCUUAGAUUUUGAAGGCUACGGAUCAAGGAUUCGAAGUGAAACUAUCCUUCACCGAUGAUUAAGUCUAUUAAGCAACAAUUUGGGUGGAUUUGUUCCUGAUCAAUUUUUGGAAUAUUCCAAAUGGUUACCAUGACAAAUUUCGGGCGAUUUUUUGGAAUUGUCGUUUUUGUUGGAUUUUGGAGGCUACAGAUCGCGGAUUCUGCCCGAGGCGACCUGGGGCUAGUCUCCAGCGACGAUGAAGUCAAUUAAUCAUCGAUUUGGGCUAAUUUUUUCUGGAGGCAUUUUCAUAAUUUUCCUCGCGUUUUUUUACGAAAGGCCAUUUUCCUUGGAUUUUGAAAGUUACGGAUCAAGGAUUCGGCGUGCGGGUAUCCUUCACCGAUGAUUAAGUCUAUUAAGCAACGAUUUUGGCAGAUUUAGUCCGGGUCAAUUUUUGGCAGAUUCCAAAGGGGUACCAUCACAGAUUUCAGUCGAUUUUUUGAUAAAGCCGUUUUCGUUGGAUUUUGGAGGCAACAGAUCGCCGAUUCUGCCUGAGGCGACCUGGGGCUAGUCUCCAGCGAUGAUGAAGUCAAUUAAUCACCGAUUUGGGCAAAAAAAUUUCGAGGGCCAUUUUCAUUAAAUUCCGUGCGCUUUUUCCGGAAGGCCAUUUUACUUGGAUUUUGAAGGUUACGGAUCAAGGAUUCGGUGUGAGGCUAUCCUUCACCGAUGAUUAAGUCUAUUAAGCACCAAUUUGGGCGUAUUUGUUUCGGGUUAAUUUUUGGCAGAUUUCAAAAGGUUACCAUCACAAAUUUCUGGCGAUUUUUUUGAAUGGUCGUUUUCAUUGGAUUUUGGAGUCUACAGAUCGCGGAUUCGGCAAGGGGCGACCUGGGGCUAUUCCCCAGCGAUGAUGAAGUCAAUUAAUCGCCAAUUUUGGCGAAAUUUUUCUAGGGGGGCAUUUUCAUUAUUUUCCUCGCGUUUUUUUCGAAAUGCCAUUUUCCUUGGAUUGUGAAGGCUACGGAUUGAGAAUUCGGUGUGAGGCUAUCUUUCACCGAUGAUUAAAUCUAUUAAGCAACAAUUUGGGCGGGUUUGUUCCCUAUUAAUUUUUGUCAGAUUCCAAAGAGGUACCAUCACAUAUUUCCGACAAUUUUUUUGGAAUGGCCGUUUUUGUAGGAUUUUGGAGGCUAAAGAUCGCCGAUUCGGCCUGAGGCGACCUGGGGCUAGUCUCCAGAGAUGAUGAAGUCAAUUACUCACCGAUUUAGGCGAAUUUUUCUUGGGGAAUUUUCGUAAUUUUCUGCGCUUUUUUGCAAAAUGACAUUUUCCUUGGAUUUUGAAGGUUACGGAUCAAGGAUUCGACGUGAGAGUAUCCUUCACUGAUGAUUAAGUCUAUUGAUCAACAAUUUGGGCGGAUUUGUUCCGGGUCAAUUUUUGGGAUAUUCCAAAGGGGUCCCAUUACAAAUUUCAAGCAAUUUUUUAGGAAUGUCGUUUUCGUUGGAUUUUGGAGGCUACAGAUCGCGUAUUCGGUCUAAGGCGACCUGGGGCUAGUCUCCAACGAUGAUGAAGUCAAUUAAUUGCCGAUUUGGGCGAAAUUUUUCCGAGGGGCAUUUUUGUAAAUUUUUGCAUGCUUUUUUUGGAAGGCCAUUUUCCUUGGCUUUUGAAGACUACGUAUCAAGGAUUCGGCGUGAGGCUAUUCUUCACUGAUGAUUAAUUCUAUUAAGCAGCGGUUUGAACGUAUUUGUUCCGUGUCAAUUUUUUGGUAGAUUGCAAAGGGUUACCAUCACAAAUUUCGAGCGAUUUUUUGAAAUAGUUGUUUUUCGUUGGACUUUGGAGGCUACAAAUCGCGGAUUAGGCCCGAGGUGACAUGGGCCUAUUCUCCAGCGAUGAUGAAAUCAAUUAAUCGCCGAUUUGGGCGAAAUUUUUCUAGGUGGGCAUUUUCAUUAUUUUCCUCGCGUUUUUUUUUCGAAAUGCCAUUUUUCUUUGAUUUUGAAGCCUACUGAUCGAGGAUUCGGUGUGAGCUAUCUUUCAUCGAUGAUUAAGUCUAUUAAGCAACAAUUUGGACGGAUUUGUUCCGUUUCAAUUUUUGUCAGAUUCCAAAGGGGUACCAUCACAGAUUUCAAGUGAUUUUUUGGAAUGUCGUUUCCGUAGGAUUUUGGAGUCCACAGAUCGCCGAUUCGGUCUGAGGCGACCUGGGGCUAUUCUCCAGCGAUGAUGAAGUCAAUUAAUCGUCGAUUCGGGCGAAAUUUUUUCGAGGGGUAUUUUCAUAAUUUUCCAGGCGCUUUUUUCGGAAGGUCAUUUUCCUUGGAUUAUGAAGGCUACGUAUCAAGGAUUCGGAGUGAGGUUAUCCUUCACCAAUGAUUAAGUCUAUUAAGCACCAAUUUUGGUGUAUUUGUUCCGGGUCAAUUUUUGGCAGAUUCCAAAUGGUUACCAUCACAAUUUCGAGCGAUUUUUUGAAAUUGUCGUUUUCUUUGGAUUUUGGAGGCUACAGAUCACGGAUUUUGCCCUAGGCGACCUGGGAUUAGUCUCCAACGAUGAUGAAAUCAAUUAAUUGCCGAUUUGGACGAAUUUUUUAUGGGAGGGCAUUUUCAUAAUUUUCCUCUCGUUUUUUAUGAAAGGCCAUUUUCCUUGGAUUUUGAAGGCUACUAAUCAAGGAUUCGGAAUGAGACUAUCCUUCACCGAUGAUUAAGUCUAUUAAGCAACAAUUUGGGCGGAUUUGUUCCAGUUCAAUUUUUGGCAUAUUCCAAAGGGGGUACCAUCAUAGUUUUCAAGUGAUUUUUUAGAUAUGCCCGUUUUCAUUGGAUUUUGGAGGCUACAAAUCGCAGAUUCGGCCCGAGGCGACCUGGGGCUAGUCUCCAGCGAUGAUGAAGUCAAUUAAUCGCCGAUUUGGGCAAAUAUUUUUCGAGGGGCAUUUUCAUAAUUUUCCACGCGCUUUUUUCGGAAAGCGAUUUUCCUUGGAUUUUGAAGGCUAUGGAUCAAGGAUUCGGCGUGAGGCUAUCCUUCACCGAUGAUUAAUUCUAUUAAGCAGCGAUUUGGACGUAUUUGUAACGGGUCAGUUUUUGGCAGAUUUCAAAGUGUUACCAUCACAAAUUUCAAGCGAUUUUUUGGAAUGGUCGUUUUCGUUGGAUUUUGUAGGCUACAGAUCGCGGAUUCGGCAUGAAGCGACCUGGGGCUAGUCUCUAGCGAUGAUGAAGUCAGUUAAUCGCUGAUUUGGGCGAAAUAUUUCUUGGUGGUCAUGUUCAAUAUUUUCCUCGCGUUUUUUUUUUUUUGAAAUGCCAUUUUCCUUGGAUUUUGAAGGCUAUGGAUCGAGGAUUCGGCGUGAGGCUAUCUUUCACCGAUGAUUAAGUCUAUUAAGCAACAAUUUGGGCAGAUUUGUUCCCUUUCAAUUUUUGUCAGAUUCCAAAGGAGUAUCAUCACAUAUUUCAGGCGAUUUUUUGGAAUGGCCGUUUUCAUUGGAUUAUGGAAGUUACAGAUCGCGGAUUCGGCCCAAGGCGACCUGGGGCUAGUCUCUAGCUAUGAUGAAGUCAAUUAAUCGCCGAUUUGUGCGAAAUUUUUCUGGGGGGAAUUUUCAAUAUUUUCUUCGCGUUUUUUUCGAGAUGUCAUUUUCCUUGGAUUUUGAAGGCUACGGAUCCAGGAUUCGGCGUGAGGCUAUCAUUCACCGAUGAUUAAGUCUAUUAAGCAACAAUUUGGGCGGAUUUGUUCUGGGUCAAUUUUUGGCACAUUCCAAAGAGGCACCAUCUCAGAUUUCAGGCGAUUUUUUUGAAUGACCGUUUUCAUUGGAUUUUGGAGGCUACAAAUCGCCGAUUCCACCUGAGGCAACCCGGGGCUAGUCUCUAGCGAUGAUGAAGUCGAUUAAUCGCCAAUUUGGGAGAAAUUCUUCCACAGAGCAUUUUCGUAAUUUUUAGAGCGCUUUUUUCAGAAGACAAUUUUUCUUUGGAUUUUGAAGACUACGAAUCAAGAAUUCGACGUAAGGUAAUCCUUCACCGAUAAUUAAGUCUAUUAAGCACCAAUUAUGGUGUAUUUGUUCCUGAUCUCAAUUCUCCUAGUUUGCUUUCACCGGCAGGGAAACACAAGCCGAUGAACAAGAAAAGGAAGGCCGUGAAAGAAAGGCGCCGUGACAGGUUGAGCCGUCUUCCAGAACCCAUCAUCCAUCACAUCUUUUCCUUCCUCGCCACGAGAUCCGCCGUUCAAACCUCGGUGUUGUUACGAUCAUGGAGGUCCGCCUGGAAACACGUCCCUGUUCUGGACUUCAGCCAGCACUCCUUCCAGCGUUACUCGAGCUUCCACCGGUACGUGGGGAAUGUUCUGUCCCUUCGCUAUCCCCUCAAUCUGCGCAAGGUGAAGUUUGCAGACGGUGAGCGGAGGUCCGAUGGCAGGGACGAUUCUCUGGUGAUUAGGGUAAUCCAAUACGCCUUGUCCCACGCUGCUCGGCAUCUGGUGAUUGACAAUGCAGAUGACGUUAUAUCCCCUGACAUUUACAGGUUCUCAGAUUUGUUUGGCUCGACCACCUCCUCCUCGAAUUGCAAUCUCGAAACCCUAGAAUUGGAAGGUUUUGAGAUUGAUAGCGGGUUUGGGUCUCCUGGGUUUCGGAUGCUGACUAGUUUAGAUUUGUGGACUUGUCUGGUGGCUUGCGGUGAAGAAGAGGUUCUUGAACCUUUCUCUAACUUUCCUUGUCUCAAGCAUUUGAGCCUCCGUGAUUUGCUCGGCGAUUUCCUCUUCCCUGAGAUUAAUGAUCAUCCCGGUCAUAUGAAAAUAUAUGGACUCGAGUUGGUUAGUCUGAAACUGCACACUGUGAAGUUUUACCGCAUCGAAAUAGAUGCCCCGAAGCUCGAAUUCUUCGGUAUCUGGGAUGACGUUGAAUGGUUGUAUUACUCCAAUUUGAUCCUUCCUUCUCUUGAUCAUGUCGAUAUCGGUCUCCAUGGGAAAUUGCGUUUCGACGAGGAGGACAAGGAAUGUGUAGCGCUGUAGUUGAUCAACCUGUUCCGUGGUUUGCAGAACGCGAAAUCUCUGAAGCUGUAUAGUGACACCACCAUUCCGGUAACAACCCUUGUGACUGCUUCUUGCAUACAUAAAAAUGAUGAUAUGUUUCCUUUCUCCAGAUACCAUUUUUCAAAGUUUUGUUCUUUCUGUAGGUGCUGAGUACGUUUAGUGGGAUUUUGGGAAAUGAGCAGUCUCCUUUCUUGAGAUUGGAGUCUUUGAUUCUGGAUUCUAGGAUUGAGAUUGUGCCUUACAAACUCAUCAAUUAUUUUGUCAAAGGAUCUUCCUGUGCAAGUCCGACUAUUCGUUAUAUAUCUACUCCUAGCUAGCUAGCUAGCUAGUAGUUUGACCACUUCUGCAAAGUUUCUGAUGAUGAUGAUAUAUAAUGCUGUGGGUUGCUGGUUUUCUUCCAUUAAGAUCAUUUAGGAACAAAGUUGUACCUAUUGGUUCUCAUUGCCUAAACUUGUUUUUGCAGUAGUUCGUUAGGUCGAAGCCAUUAGUUAGACAGUUAGACUUGGUUCUUCCUGGGUUGGAAGCCAUUAGUUCAUAUAGCAAGUCUGAGCAGAGCAAUUUCUACAGUGUAACAAGGACGUUUACUGUUCUUUCAGGAUUCGAAACAAAUUCAGAUGUUCAUG